ACUAGAGCAUGCGGCGCCUGCGCAGUUUACCUUCUUUGGCAUCUUCGAGAAAGAACACUAUAACAUUGAAUUAAAAUGCGAAAAUUUAGAUAAAUAUUAAGCUACCUCGUAAUCCAUUAGCGUAAUAUUAUUUCCGCCGGCGUAACCGCGUCAACAAAAAUAAUGGAAAAAUAACGAGGAAAGGAAGAAACGAUUUUUUUUCCCUUAGCGAGCUAACAGACCAGCAGGACUUCAGCUCCAGGCUCAUCCAAACACAGAAAAAUGUAUUUGCUUUACACCAUUUUAGCGUCAUUGGUUUGUUUCUUCUUUUUGAAAUGGCUCAAAAAGAGACGGACCUGCACCGACCUGAAAAGACUCGAUGGCAAGACGGUUUUAAUCACAGGUGGAAGUUCCGGCAUUGGUAAGGAGACCGCUGUUGCUUUGGCGUUAAGAGGAGCUCGAGUCGUCAUCGCCUGCAGAGACCCCAGCAGAGCAGAGAAGGCUGUGAGGGAAAUCAAGUUUAAAAGUCACAGCCUGAACGUCACUCACAUGGAGCUGGAUCUGGCCAACCUGCGCUGCGUGAGGGAGUUCUGCAAGACUUUCCUUCAGAGAGAGAAAAGACUGGACAUCCUUAUCAAUAAUGCAGCCAUUCCCGGUGUCCUCGACUGGACAGACGACAGCUUCAGCAUGUGUUUUGGGGUCAAUCACCUAGGUCACUUUCUCCUCACCAAUCUGCUCCUGCCGCGCCUGAAAGAAUGUGCCCCCAGUAGAGUCAUCACCCUCACGUGCUCCAACUACAAAUAUCAGAAGCUGGACUUUCAGGACCUCAACUACAAUCUGCUUCCCUUCUUUACCUACUGCCGCAGCAAACUGGCCAACAUCUACUUCAGCCAGGAACUGGGUCGCAUCAUGGAAGGGAAGGACGUGACCUCGUACGCUGUGCACCCUGGUUUUGUCCAAAGCAGCUGGACCUGCCACUAUUCCUUCCUCUUCCGGAUGCUGAUGCAGGUGAUCAUGUGGAUGUUUUUUGUGCCCUGCGAGACUGGAGCUCAAACUGUCAUCUACUGCGCAGUGUCAGACGAAGCGGCCAAACACAGCGGGGGAUACUUCGUGGACUGCAGGCCCGCCACACUGCGACCUUUCGCCAGAGACUCCGGUGUGGCCAAAAAACUGUGGGAGGCCAGUGAGAGACUGGUGAAACCGGUCUAAGAGGAGAUGUUGGGAUGUGUUUUUUUGCCUACUGGUAAUUUAUUUAUGACAUUGUGAUUUAUUUAUGGUAAAGGCCAAUUUUUACAGAUGUUGUUUUAUAUCCUAAAAUAAAAAGCCAUCAG